AUGGAGACCCUAAGUCUUCGUGCACAUUUCAUCCUCCAGGGGAACCCAGACAAGAUCGCAUGCAAGGCGUUUCCAUUAACCUUGGCAGGAGUAGCCAAAGAAUGGUUUGCGAGACUUCCUGUCAAGUCUGUAGAUAACUUCAAAUCCUUGGGGUGCCUUUUUCUAAGCCAAUUCUUAGCCACCCGAAAGAGAAAGAAGAACUCGGCUUACCUACUUUCUCUUAUUCAAGGAAAUGAUGAGUCCUUGAAAGACUUCAUGCUCAGGUUCAACAAGGAGAAAUUAGCAGUAGAAGGCUCGAGUGAGCAAACGAUACUCAAUGCUUUGAUGCACGGGGUGAGAGCCAAGGGGCCACUGAUGGCCGAACUAGCAAAGAAGUCUACAUUGGUGACUCUCCGCGAGCUCCAGGAAAAGGAGGAGAAAAACCUGAAGCAACAAGCCAAGAAGACUCCCUAUCCAAGAACUGACCCUCAGCGAAAACUCAGCAAGUUUGCUCCAUUGAACACUAGUAUGACCGAGGUGUUAAUAGAGAUCAGAAGAGAUGCUGCCUUCAGAUGGCCAACAAAAUUGAAAGGUCAACUGUCAAAGCGAGACCAGAUUAAGUUUUGCGAGUAUCACAAUGACCGAGGCCACUUGAUCGAGGAGUGUGUAUCUCUGCGCCAGGAGAUGGAAACUUUCAACAAGAACGGAAGAUUGGUGAGAUUCUUGGCAGGAGAAAGGAAUAGAGGAAGAAAUCCUCAGGAACCCUUAUUACUUGAGGGAAACCGAGAAGCCCUCGGAGGCCGAGAGCCGAGACAAAUCGGCAGGCUGAACUGA